AUGGACGACGAUUCCUUCAACCUCCCCCUCCAGCAAACGCCCGACGUCGAAUCGCCCUCGCCCACCAUCACACCCCUUCAUGAAGCAUAUCCGCCACUCGCCCCGUCGGGCAGCCACAACAGCCACAACCAAGGCCACGACCACGGCCACCAAGGCCACGGCCACGGCCACCAUGUCGCUGGCCAGGCCCAUGCACAAGCUGCCGCCCAGCCCAUGCCGCCCAUGGCGGGCGCCACCAUCUACACGCCCAACACCGCGCCGAGCUCCGAACUGAAUCCCCGCAGCUGCGUCACAUGUCGCCGCCGCAAAGUGCGCUGCGAUAAGCUCAUGCCCUGCACCAAUUGCCGGCGAGCCAUGGUGCCCUGUGUCUUUCCCGCACCCGAGCGCGCCCCGCGUCGGCCCCGGCGCAAAGACCCCGUGUCGCUCAAGCCGCACCAGUCCAGCGAGCGCGAGAUUGAGCUGCUCAAGCGUCUGCGCAAACUCGAGGGCAUCGUCGAGGAGCUGAGCGGCCAGGUCGAGAUGGAGGCCACGAGCGGCAAGCUGCCCGCGAGCAACAGCAAUUCACCCGAGGCCGCCGCUGCCGGCAGCGACGGCGCUGCGCCGCGCUCCAGCCUCGACCACGGCACGACCCCGAGUGCCUCCAGCUCGUGGGGCCAGUCGCCCAAGCUGCCCAGCGCCCAGGGACCAACAUCGGGCAACAGCCCCGGCCGUCUGAUCGGGCGCAACUCGAGCUACGGCGCGCUCGUAAAGCAGACCAAGGACACACAGAAGCAGCUCGGCCGGCUCAUGAUCAAUGACUACGGCCGGUCACGCUACGUGAGCAGUGCCUUCUGGAGCAAGAUUAACGAUGAGCUCGACGAAAUCCGCGCAGAGACACAGCGCAUCUCCGACUCCGAGAGCGACCUGUCCGACAACGAGAGCACCCCCGGCCACGACGAAGACCGCCCCGAGGCCGACCACCAUGCCUUCAUCUUCGGCUUCCAGUCCACCACCGUCGACCUGCGCCCGCUCCACCCGCUGCCGUCGCAAAUACCCUAUAUUUGGCAAGUGUACCAGGAGAACGUCGACCCCGUCGUCAAGAUCCUGCACAUCCCGACGACGAGCAAAGUCAUCCGCGAUGCGCGCACCAACCUCGACAAUAUUUCCCCGGCUGCCGAAGCGCUCAUGUUUGCCAUCUACUACGCCGCAGUCAACUCAUUAGACGAGAGCGAGAUUCAUACCAACUUUGUGACCGAAAAGAACACCCUGCUCAACAAGUACCGCUUUGCCCUCGAACAGGCCCUCGCCAAGGCCAACUUUUUAAUCUCGUCCGACCUCGUUACACUGCAAGCCUUUGUGCUCCUGCUUGUGCUCGUCCGCCGCCAGGAAGACACCCGGCUUGCAUGGACGCUGACGGGACUGGCCAUCCGCAUUUGCCACUCCAUUGGCCUUCACCGCGACGGCACCAACUUCUCGACCCUGUCACCCUUUGAAAUCGAGAUGCGCCGUCGCCUGUUCUGGGCACUCUGCAUCCUCGAUAUGCGCUGUGCCGAGGACCAAGGCACCGACCUGACCAUCCUUGAGCAGGGCGUCGACACGCUGCCGCCGCUCAACAUCAACGACACCGACAUCAGCCCCGAGAGCACGUCGCUCCCUCCCUCGCGCGUGGGCGCCACCGACAUGACCUUUGCCCUGAUCCGCUUCGAAAUCUGCCGCGUCGCGCGUCGCCUGCAUGCUAUCCAUUCGGCUAUGGGCCCGAUUGAGGCGGGCGAUGCGACGCUGACGCUCGAAGACCGCGAGCGCAUGAUCCACGAGGUGUACGACCGUGUCGAGAAUGUGUAUCUCAAACACGGCGACACACACAACAACGCCAUGUUCUGGGUGGCGGCGAACAUUGCGCGCGUCAUCUGCGCCAAGAUGACGCUCGUCAUCUACCAACCGGUCCUGUUCCCCGGCCCAGCCAACGAGGGCAUGUCGCGCGCCGUCCGCGAGCGCCUGUUCACGGCCUGCACAGAGCUCUUUGAGUACAGCUACAUCCUGACCAUGGACGAGCGCACCAGGCAGUGGCGCUGGCUGUUCCAGACCUACACCCAGUGGCAGGCGGUGGCGUACGUCUUGAUCGAGUCCGGCCGCCGGCCCUGGAGCGCCUCGGUCGAGCGCGCCUGGAACGGCCUCAACUCGAUUAUGGCGUCCAGCAAGCCGCACGACCACGAAAAAAUGACGGACAAUGCGUCGCUGUUUGUGCCUCUCAAGACGCUCUACAACAAGGCGCGCAAGCACCGAAACGCCGAGAUUGAGCGGCUGCGUGCCGAUCCGGAGGAAGUGGCGCGCCUCGACAAAGAGGACCGCUCGCGCCUCAACCCGACCAUGUUCUCUGCCUACCACGGCAGCCUCGACGGGCUGCAGUGGCGCGAGCGCUGGCUGCGCCUGGUCGGUGCGCCACAGCUCAUUGAUGAGCCGGCAUCCGUCUCGACGGCCGCGUCUUCGAUGAACCCGUCGACGCAGAACCCCUCGACACCCGCCGGCGGUCUCCAGCUGCAGCAGCAGCUACCGCAGCUUCCAGUGCAGCAGCUGAACCAGGGCCAGCAGCAGCAGCAACAGCAACAACAGCAAGGCGAAGCUAUAUCCAGCGACCCACAAUACCCAGCCAACAAGGUCCUGGACAAGGUCUUUGCGAACGCGACGUUUGAGCCGACGGAUCUCUACCAGGUCCUGAGCCUCGGCAAGAGUGCCAACGGCGGGCCCGCCGAGGUGUUUGGCUCGUUUGGAGGCGCGGACAUGCCGCGACAGGACAUGACGCUGGCCGCAUUCGCCACGGACCCGUCGCUUGCGUUUUCCAAUCAAGGCAUGGCUGGUGGUAAUGGCAACGGCACCGGCACCACCGCUCAGGCCGCCGAGGCCACGCCGCUCGUCGACGCCAUUGUCAAGGACUACCCGCCGCCGUGGCUGUGGACCAGCGACAGCGUGGACAACAACACCAGCCAGUUCCCGAGCAUCCUGGCCGAUGCCGGCGACGUGAAGAUGGAUGACAUGGACGAGAACUUUGACUGGCAGGACUUUAGCGAGACGCUGGGCGGCAUGUCCAACGGCGUGUGGAGUUCGCACGGCCUGUAA